AUGAAUCGAUUGAUUUCUCUAACUCUAACACAACGUUGUCGAACAGCCGUCGAUCAUUUUUCUCCUCCGCCAACGAAGAUUACCAGCAAAUCUGAUUGGUUCACUAGUAUGGGUGAUUCGUUUUCUCGUAGUGUUGUUGGGGACCAUGAUAGCCCGUCUGGUUCGUAUUCGUCUUUUACUGGUUGUCGUGAUGUUGCUCGUGUAAUGGUAGUCUCCACCAUGCGACCAUGA